AUGCCGCCGCCGUGUUCCCGCGGGGCCCUGCCCGGGACCCCCCUCCUCCUCCUCCUCUUCCUCCUCCUGCCGCUGCUGUGCGCGGCCCCCGAUGUUUCAAGGGGAAAUAAGCUUAAACUGAUGCUUCAGAAACGAGACGCCUCUGCUGCUGCAAAGCCUGAGGUGUCAGUGAAAGAAACAGCAGCCAAGGAGUUCCUGAGCAGCCUGAGACGGCAGCGGCGCCAGCUGUGGGACAGAAGCCAGCCCGACGUGCAGCAGUGGUACCAGCAGUUCCUGUACCUGGGCUUCGAUGAGCAGAAAUUUGAAGAUGACAUCUCCUACUGGACAAACUUGGGGCGUGCUCGUAAUGAAUACUACGGUGGCUACUACCAGCACCACUACGAUGAAGAUUCUCCGAUCGGCCCACGAAACCCGCACGCCUUCAGGCACGGAGCAGGCGUCAACUACGACGAUUACUGAAGCCAUUUAUCCAUUUAUCCUACUAUAGCUGCUGCCUGUAGGGCUGCACUGGGUGAGGCUGAGCCCUCCCGCAGUCAGAAUGACCCCACUUUUUCCUCUAUUCAUGUCAAACAGUAAGAGUAAAGGAACUGCCACACUUUGAUGAAAGCAGCUUUUUAAAACUAUCAUUACUUAGUAGUACACUAUAUAUAUAAAGUGUUAUAGAAAUAAAGCUUUUUUGAUAAUCAGGUUGCCAUUAUUUAGUAGACUUCAUAACAGUAAAUUUAAUUCCAACUGUAUUACUACAGAUUCUUUUUUAAAGGGCUUUUUCAUUUGCUGUCCUACAAUCAAUUGAAAAAUUACAUUAUAUCAUUUACUUUGGCAUACAGAAUACAUAAUAUAAGCCACUACAUUUAAGAUGUGCCUGCCCAUUCACAUUUCUAUUAACAAAUAAAUGCAAUUAUUCUUAGGAGAAAAGAAAAAAAAAA